CACACCAGACAGGCGUGCAGGGGGAAAAAAAGACAGGUAUUUUUUCUGCACAAAACAACAGUGCAAGAUGGGAAGUGAGUGCAGUGGUGGGAUUACAGUGAGAGGCAGCGUAGGUUGAAGCAGGUUUCUUCAAAACAACAGCUAAUGACUCCACAGACUGGUGCUACAAGUGAGGAAUCCAGCAAAAGGAGGACGACAGUGAAAAUGUGAAGUUACUCUGCGUGAGGACGUCAACCUGAGAAAGUUUGACCAUCAGCUGUUGCAGGGAGCAGAAUGGGACACCCUAAUGUGCCACUCGUGUACACUUACGCACGUUCCCACAGGGAUAAACGCAGGUCCAGUCGACUGCAACCCUACACACCGAACGACAACCUGAACAAUGCAUUAGGCGCCAUCAGAGUCCUCGGUUUGGAGCUGAUCGCAGACGAACUUAAACCACAUCUGAACACAGUGCUGACCAACAUUAAGGAGAAGAACAAAGGCGCUGCUGAGCAGGUCGUGAUCAGUGGGAUCCUGCCAAUCCUGGCCCUGUCUCUGAGGAGCAGAGGGCCUCUCACCGUGCUGACCGCAAAACUGGUGGCCGAACUCGCCAAAGAAUCUGUGGUUCGUAAAGGUUUCGGUGAUGCAGGUUUGGUUACCGCUUUGCUCUCUGUGCUGACCAGUCCAGACCAAGAACUGCUCAUUCACGCUGUUAGAGCCAUCUCACGCAUGUCCUAUGACAGCUCUAAGCUGCAGGAAAUGUUACUACGUCGAGGUGCAGUGCCUCGUCUCGUUGCCAUCCUGCUCCGUUUCCCUGAGAAGGAGGCCCUGGAGGAGGUGUGCCUUCAGGCCCUCUGUAACCUCAGUGGCAUGAGCGUGGCAGAGGAGGCGGGCAUGGUGUGGGAGAGGGGCACAUCUGUGAGGCCGGGGGAGUCCGUGUUUCAUGGCAUCUCUCCUCACACCUGUGGUUUUGCCUCCUCUGUGACUCUGGUGUGUGUGUCUCAAUGGGCGCCGGGUCAAUACGCUGUCAACAUUGAGGUCUUCCAGCGUUGCUCUUCAUCUUUCUGGAGCCUUCACGUGAACAAACGGAGCGCUCGCUGGUUCCCGUUCUCCAGCUGGGGAAGCUGUUCGAAUCUGUACAAGGUGAUGAAGUUCUCGACGAAGAAUGUUCCCCGAACCAAAAGUUUGAAGACUCGCGUGUUCCACACUUUCCUCUGACGGCGUAAAUACUGCAAACUGCCAUAUAAGACUCUGAGGGAGUUACUACAACCUCUCUUAUUACACCAGCAAUUGUUGGUACGCACCAAAAUAUCAGGGGAAUGUUUACACACGAGAAACCUGGACAUGCACACUUGGACAUAUCCAGACUGCAAAUGUCUCUUCCAAUUCUUGUAGUUUUGUUCCAUUUGUUAGUGUUUUGACUCUACAACCACCUGCUUAAAGUAAAAUACAGUCAGUCACAGCUCAUUUCAGCAACUCAGCUAGUAUGGGAUUAGAUAUGCAGUACUGCUUGUGUUUUGCGCAAUAGCUAAAUCAGAAAAAUGCUGUAAACCAAUGAAAACGAUGUAGCCAAACCUGCUGUUGAUUUGUUCACAAGUGCUUAAAAUUAUGGUGAAUUUCUUUUCUCAACAGCAAUAUUGACAAUGUUCUUUUCUACAGUGCACGAGGAUCAGUUUUGAUCAUG